UGGUGGUAUUCUCUCUUACAAUUCUCUCAACUUCUCCUUCUCUUACCAUACUUUCUUGGUCUUCUGCUGUUUCAGCUCUUCAAAAAAUGGCUGAACAAAUCCCAUUCAAUAUUAUAGCUGACGUUUUAACCAAGUUAGGAUCCUCGGCUAUUCAACAAAUUGGAUCUGCGUUUGGUGUGGCAAAAGAGUUAACGAAGCUUACGGAGAAACUGGACGCCAUCAGGGGUGUACUUCUUGAUGCUGAGGAGAAGCAGGAGAAAAGCCAUGCAGUAAAAGCCUGGGUGAGGAGGCUCAAAGAUGUUCUGUAUGAUGCUGAUGACUUGUUGGAUGACUUUGCAACCCAUCAGCUGCAGCGUACAGGAGUAGCAAGGCAGGUCAGCGACUUCUUCUCAUCUUCAAAUCAACUUGUAUUUCGUUUUAAGAUGAGUAAUAGAGUCAAGAAUAUCAAAGAAGAGGUUGAUGAAAUUAUGAAAGAAAUCAAUCUGCUAAAACUUGUUCAAGGGAACAUAGUUCGCAGGGAGAUACAGAGUAGUUGGAGAGAGACUCACUCAUUUGUGUUGACCUCUGAAAUGGUAGAAAGAGAUGAAGAUAAAGAAGAGAUAAUAAAAUUGUUGGUGUCAUCUGGGAAUGAAAAAAAUCUUUUUGCUGUUGCCAUUAUUGGAAUUGGUGGGUUGGGUAAGACCACUCUUGCUCAGCUGGUAUAUAAUGAUGAGAGAGUGGUAGACUUUUUUGAGCCUAAGAUAUGGAUUUGUGUUUCUGAUGAUUUUGAUGUAAAGUUGCUGGUUAAAAAAACUUUGGAAUCCUUAAGUGGUGGAGUUGCAGGAAAUUCUGAGUCAUUGGAAGUUUUGAAAGUUUCCCUUCAUGAAAAACUAAGGCAGAAGAGAUACUUGCUAGUACUUGAUGAUGUUUGGAAUGAUGACUUCCAAAAAUGGGAUAGAUUGAGGACCUUGUUGAUGGUUGGUGCUAAAGGGAGUAAGAUUCUACUAACCACCCGAAAUAGAAACGUUGCAUCAACUAUGGGUAUUGAUCAUUUUCCUUUUUCUUUGAAAGGUUUGAAAGAAAACCAGUCUUGGAAUUUAUUUUCAAAAAUAGCAUUUGAAGAAGGACAAGAGAGAAUGUAUCCAAGACUUGUAGAAAUUGGAAAAGAAAUUGUGAAUAUGUGUAAUGGAGUUCCUCUUAUUAUCAAAACACUAGGAGCAAUAUUGCGCUUUAAAACGGAAGAACAUCCAUGGUUGUCCAUUAAAAACAAUGAAAAUUUGUUGCUAUUGGAAGGUGGGAAUGAUGAUAAGGUUUUAUCAGUGCUCAAGUUAAGUUAUGAUGAUCUGUCAUUCUGUUUGAAGCAAUGUUUUGCUUAUUGUGCGUUAUUUCCAAAAGACUAUGAAAUUGAGAAAAAAUUGUUGGUGCAAUUAUGGAUGGCACAAGGAUAUAUUCAAGUUUCAGAUGUAGGAAAUCAGUAUUUUGAGGAAUUAUUGUCAAGAUCAUUAUUAGAGGAGGCUAAAAAGGAUGCUUAUAAUAAUAUAUCAAGUUGUAAAAUGCAUGAUAUUAUACAUGAUCUUGCACAAUCUAUUGUUGGAUCUGAUGUCCUUGUUUUAAAAGAUAAUGUGAAGAAAGAGAAGAUCUCGAAAAGAGUUUAUCAUGUGUCAUUCUCUUUAAUGGAAUAUAUCCAACGGGGGGAUUUGAAAAUAAAACAUAUAAGGACCAUUUUGAAAUUUGAUGAUUGUUUUGAAGCUUAUUUAAUUUGGAGUAGUACACCUAUUCCAAAUUUUAAGGGUUCCCGUGUGUUGAGCCUAAAUGGAAUCCCUACAAAGAAGAUACCAAAAUCUAUAGGUAAAUUGAGUCAUCUAAAAUAUCUCAAUCUUUCAUACAAUGAUUUUGAGGUACUCCCAAAUGCUAUUAUAAGGUUAUAUAAUUUGCAAACAUUAAAACUUAUUGAUUGUAGAUAUCUAAAAGAAUUUCCCAAAGACACAAGGGAAUUGAUUAAUCUGAGGCACUUGGAGAAUGAUGGGUGUGAAAGUUUGAGUUAUAUGCCCUGUAGGAUAGGGGAGUUGACUUUGCUUGAAAGCCUACCACUGUUUGUUAUUGGAACUGGGAGUAAAGUUGGCAGAUUGAGUGAAUUGAAAAGGCUGAACAACCUUCGAGGAAAGCUAAGGAUUAAAAAGCUUGAAAACGUAAGGGAUGCUAACGUAGAAUCCGGGGAAGCAAAUUUGGGGGAAAAACAAUACAUUGAGUGCUUGGAAUUAGAAUGGUCAUAUGGUGAAGAAGCUCAGUCGGGUGAGGAUGCUGAGUCAGUGAUGGUAGGCCUACGGCCACAUCGAAACCUGAAGGAGCUUUUUAUAACAGGAUAUGGAGGUAGGGUGUUUCCAAGUUGGAUGAUGAAUGGUGGGUUGAGUUGCGGACUCCCUAACCUCAGCACAAUUAAUUUGGAAAGUUGUUCAGGAUGCCAGAUUCUACCGCCAUUUGUUGAACUCCCUCACCUCAAGUCUCUGAAGCUUCAGUGUUUAGAAAAGGUGGAGUACAUGGACUACUGUUCAUCAGGAGGGCCAUUCUUCCCAUCGCUUAAGUACCUCGAACUCGAGCGCAUGCCAAAGUUAAAGGAGUUGUGGAGGAGGGACUUAUCUCCAACACACCCACCUUCAUUUCCUUGUCUUUUAGAAUUAAAGCUCACAAAUUGUGAAGAGUUGGCAUCCUUGGAACUGCAUUCAUCUCCUCUUCUUUCCAAGUUAGAGAUUGGAGAAUGCCAUAAGCUGACAUCCUUACUACUGCCUCCUUCUCCUCUUCUUUCACAAUUAGAUAUCUCAAAUUGUGGUGACUUGGCAUCCUUGGAACUGCAUUCGUCUCCUCUUCUUUCUCGUUUGAAGAUCUUCCAUUGCCCUAAGCUCACAUCCGUGCAAGUGUCUUCGUUACCUUGUCUUAAGGCACUAGAAUUGGGUGAAGUGAGAGAAGAAGUACUACAACAGUUGUUGGCCACUGCUUUUUCAUUGGAGUCUCUGUCUAUUUACAACAUAGAAGAUUUGAUGACUCUCCCAGAUGAGCUUCAUCAACACGUUUCCACUCUCCAAACUCUCGAAAUUGGGGGUUGCACUCAUUUGGCAACAUUACCACACUGGAUAGGCAACCUCACCUCGCUGACUCGUCUUCAUAUUGGUUCUUGCCAUCAAUUACCAUCAUUGCCAGAAGAAUUCCGUUCUCUUAGAAUCCUUAAGAGUCUCAUAAUUCUUGACUGGUCUGGUUUGACAACAUUACCAGAUUGGAUAGGCAGCCUCUCCUCACUUGAACACCUUCAAAUUCGUGAAUGCCCUAAAUUGACAUCACUGCCGGAAGAGAUGCGUUCCCUCACAACCCUCCACAUACUCGAAAUUGCCUACUGUCCACAUUUAUCAGAAAGAUGCCAAAGGGAAAAUGGUGAAGAUUGGCCUAAGAUUGCUCAUGUCCCAAACAUUAGUAUUGAUUGGGCAUGGGUCUGAUGCAGAAAGCCAUUUCAGUAGAAUAACAAGUUCAAUGAGGAACUAAGGCUGGCUGGAGUUCACAUUGGCCUCCUCUUCAUGGAAGUCUCAAAAUAUCUCUGCCAGAGGUGGGACUGUGACACCUCCCUUCUUUCGAGGACUGUAAACUGUCUGUGUAGAGAACAAUGUCUCUGUCUCAGCAUAUUCAACAUGUCACAACCGUUGAGAAGAACUUCAUCUGUUAGAGAAUGAGGAUGAUAGCAACCAUAUAUUUCAGGUGAACUAUUUUAUUGCAGAUGUAAUUGUUGCCACAUCAAAGAAAAACCUGAUAGUGUUGGAAGAAAAAGCAGAUAGCGUUGUGGCUGAAACACCUCACUUUCCUUCAGUAACUGGAAAGUUAGGAUUGUCUUUUGCAGCGAUUCCACACCUCACUUUUCUCAAGCUAUUGAAAAUUCAAAGCUGUUGUGUCCUAAUGUGUUUGUCUCAAGUAAUUCCUAAUCACUACCCUUGAAGCCUCAAAAGUUAUCUCUACGGUUUGGCCUUCAGUUGUUGACUGCCCUGAUAUGAAAGCAAUUCCAGAAGAGAUGUGCCGUGAGCCUACUGUCUAUGCUUAGAAACAUGCCGAAAGGAAAAUUCAAAGACUGACCCCCUGAAAUUUCUCAAGUUCCCACAGUUGAUGUCGACUAGAAAUGAUGGCUAAUUCUUGAAUUGAUCUUGUUCUCUUCAAUUCAAGCAUGUCCUCUACAAUGUUUCAGGUGUUAAUAGUUUUCAAGAUAAUGCAAAAAAAGGUGAUAGUGAAGAUAGGCUGAAUAUUGCCCAUGCCUCCUGAUAUAUCUUGACAGGCUAUUGAGAGCUGGUGCAAUAGGAAAGGCUUUGCUCACUUGCUGAGGGACAAGCCCUCUUCUCUGUUCUGAUUUGACAACAUUCCCAGUCUGGAUAAGCAGGCUUACAUUACUUGCAGAGCUCCGAAUUCAUUCUUGCCCUCAAUUGAUAUCACCACUAGAUGAGAUGGAUUCCCUCAGCACUCUACAAAGAAUCACAAUUUGGGACCGUUUGACAACAUUACUAGACUGUAUUGGUAGCCUCCCAUCAACUGUUCUUGUUUAGCAGCUUUAUCAGACUGAAUAAACAACUCGACCUCUCUUAAUGAGCUUCAGAAUGCUGUCAGCCUUAAAUUGAAAUCAUUGCCAGAGGGGGAUGUGUGCCCUCAGCACUUCAAUGUUCUCGAAAUUAACAUGGAUGGCUGAUUCAUAAAGGAUUUCUGUUCUAUAAUUCAAGCAUGUCAUCUACAAUAUAUUUCAGAUGUAAUUGGUGUAAAUUCAAUGUAAAAAGGGAUAAUGGUGGGGCUUGGACAUCUCUAUCAGUGGAUGCAACAUUUAAUCACCUUUGAGAGGUGGAAUAAAUGUUGCAAAGAGCUUUUUUUGUCGAAUAAUGAGUUGAUGCUUCCGCUAUUGGAGCUUGGAAAUGGUAACAUUCUGGAAAUCCUUAAAAUCAUCAAUUUCUGUUGUUUUGUAACUUUACCGGACUAGAAGACAGCCUGACAUCUCUUAAUGAGCUUGAAAAUGUUGUUGGCCUGGAAUUGAAAUCACUGCCGGAAGGAAUGUGUCACUCAACACUUCCACUUUCCUGAAAUUGAUAUUGACUAGCAAUGGUACCUGAUUUAAUAGGAUUUCUAUUCUUCAAUUGAAGCAUGUCAUCUACAAAAAAUUUCAGUGAGGAACUAAAGCUGAUUGGAGUUCACAUUGGCCUUGUCUUCAUGGAAGUCUCCAAAUAUCUCUGCUAGAGGUGGGACUGUGACACCUCCCCUCUCUCCAAGACUGUAAACUGUCUGUGCAGAGAAUUCUGUCUCAACAUAUUCAGCUUGUCACAGCUGCUAAGAAGAAUAUCUGUUUGAGAAUGAGGAUGAUGACAGUGGCACACAAUUCAAAUGGAAGCCCCAUAACCAUUUGGAUUGGUGGCUUGACACCACUGGAAGGUAACAAUCCAUUGGCACUCUACAUAGCCUCAAAAUCUCUUAAUACAUAAGGAGAAGAUGCCAAAAGGAAAAGGACAAAUUUAUAUAUGGAUGGCUGGUGCAUGAAGGACUCACUGGUCUCUUUUAAUUUGAUUGGGUACACAAGCAAUAGAGAAUUGUUUUCCAUGCCAUUUGUGAGUGUCUGAGCCACCAUGACAACGCUGUUAUGCUGUUUGAGCCCUUCAAUGUUCCAGAGACAAAUGUUGGCCAGUUAUGGAUGGCUGAUGAAUAUGAAAGGUUAUCUCAAUUGCAUCACCAACCUUAGCCCUCAGUUUUUGUUACUGUCUAUAGCUGAGAGUUGAGUGAGGAGCAUAUACUGCUGAAUCAGUUAAACAUGAGUUUGGUUAAUUCCCAUCUUUGAAGCUUCUCAAGCUCGGGAACCUAAAUGCUUUGCAAUGACCAUUGAAAUAGAAUACUAACACUUUGGUGAGGAGCACAUAUAGUACUAAAUCAUAAGAAAAUUUGGUUUCCCCACUUUUCUAAAUUUUCUUGAGCAUGGGAAUCCAAAUACUCUGAAAUAUACUGAUAGUAAUGAGGAUGUUUGAUCAUUACUUGGCUGAUUAUGUCAUCCUACAACUGCCCUUGAAGUUAGAGCUGCUGGUUGUGCAUAUGCCUUGGCAUCCUAGAUCCAAGGUGGGGUGAGCUACACUGAGGAUCCCAAAAUUGUCCAGGAAAUGACAAAAAUUAUGCCUGGGUUUCAAGGCGAGAUUCCUGCCAAUUCAAGGAAGGGCAUUCCUUAUGUUGGUGGAAAGCAAAACAACUCGAGUAAAAUUUGGUCCAGAUAGGUGCAAAAUACUUGGCUGUGGGAUCAAUGGAACGGAACCUCCACAUAUUUGGCCUCCCUGGGGAUGAUGGUCCAAUAGAGUCGUAAAACACCUUCAGCUCAACCUUAUUCCGGAAACAACCCUCACAGUAUUUCCUGCAGCUAUUGGGUCAAGUGUAUUUUACAGGCUUCGAGUAAUGGUGGAAUUUUGAGCUUUAUCAUAUUUAAUCCUUUGGUGUUGACUGGAUGCUCCAAUUCUAAUCCGUUAAGAAUUCUUCAGCAAUCAUCCCUAGGCCCAGCGAGCUAUUGCGCCUGAUGAUUUACCAAAAGAGAACUGCACAAUGUCUUCAUUGGAUCCAAAUGUUUUACCAACUCCUACAGAUAGAAAGUCUCCUGGGGGAAAAAGGUUGAGCGGCUCUACUAGAUACUCCAGGCAUCCAACUAUGAUGAUUUACUCUACUAUCAAGAAUUAUGUCGUGUCCAUAAUGCUGCUGAGUUCUCAACGGACAUUGGUUCAGAAUUAGAAGAAGCUACUUGAAAUCAUUCUCUGCUUGAUGGAUAUCAUCUUCAGCCGUCCUUCAGAAGAUGGUACCAUUCCAUUGAAUAUCAUUGCAGAGGGCACCAAACUUUCCGUAGAGGAUGUGGAAUAUCUUCUCAUGGAGAGCCUUUCUGACUAUAGCAAGGUGGCACAAAGGCUCAAUGCCUUGCGCAAGGAGAUGACUUGGUGAGCCAUGGACGCAAUACCAUGGUAGGUGUAGCACCAAGAGAGAGACUCGAAUAGGGCACAUCAAUGUAAAAAGUCCAAGUAGGACAUCAAAGCUUGCUAUUCAUAACAGUCCAAUGGUAUUGCGUGACAAAUGUUUUACGUGAUCUAUAAAUGUGAUUCAUGUAGUUAUGUUGGGAAUAUAUUUCAUGAAGCUUUAAUGGGAUUUGUUAA